UAUCUGCAGAUUGUCAUUCUGGAAAGAGAAAAUGAGGCUGGUGGACUGGCGCGCUCGAUAACGGAUGAAAAAGGCUUUACAUGGGAUCUGGGCAUACAUGUGUUGGGUGCAUCGCGGCAUCGUGAAUUCGAAGAAGCCGUUAACGGAGCUGUGAAAAAAUGGAAUAAAGUCAGACGCUCAGUAAAGGCUGAUUUGUCUCAUUUAUUCAAUGACGAUAAUCCGUACCAUAAUUACGUGCCUUAUCCAGUCCAGCAAUCCAUCCCAUAUUUCCCGCCGAAUAUUAGACAGAAGUGUAUUGCCGAGCUGAAGGAUUUGCAGAAGAAACGCGAAGUUCGGUGCUCGAAUUUUGCCGAGUACGGAGCAGAUAUUUUUGGAAAAACACUACUGGAUAUGUUUAUCAGGCCAUAUAAUCGCAAAGUAAACCAUUUUCCCGUCUUUUUUUCUUUUAAAGUAUUGAUUACCUGA